AUGCCUCGCAAGAAGUCGAGUGAAUCCCCAGCCCACCUUUCUGCUAACCUGAUGCCUGUUGAAGAUCCUUCAGUAGAAUAUGCAGAUGGAGAAAGUAGCCCACAUCCCGACGGUGUUGCUGAAGAUGACGUGAUGGGAGGACCAAGUGGCCGACAACCCCAUGCCAAGAGGAGAUAUCGUCCCAGCAAGAAAGACAUACCAAAUUACAAGUUUUCAGAAGAACAAGAGAAGGCUGUUGCGGAAUUCGUUCACGAACAUUCGGCCUUAUAUGACAAGAAGGACAAACGAUGGUGCGACCCCAAGUUCAAGGAGGCCCUGUGGCAAGAGGUGGCAGAGACGUUUCCUGAUUGUUUGUUUCUACAAGUGAAGAAGUUCUUCGAAAUGAGGAGGACUGAUUUUGGCAAGAUUGAAAAGAAAGCUAACAAGAGUGGGUCCGCUGCACGAAAACUUACACCAAGGGAGGAGGUGGUGAUGGCGACGUGGGGCUUUCUCGGAGGGCACAUAGCCCACGAACCUACACAAUCCAGCGACCGAUUCUCCCCUACGGUUUCACACAGGUCGUCGUCUUCUGAGUCAGGUCAUUCGGCCCAUUCCAUCAUCCGACGAAGGAACCUGGGAAUGGUGAAACGAAAGAGAACGGGAACAGAGACCACAACACACUCAAGUGUACCUGAAGAUGACGACACCACCAUCAAGGAUCUUCUGAAUGAAGCCAAGAAGAUCAUGGAGAGGAGGGAAACGACAGGAGUGGAGGCUGAAAUUCAGGACUUUACCACGUACCUCUGCUCCAGGCUUCGCAAAGUGGCGCGAAGGAAUCACAAAGUUCUGUUUCCCCAGAUCCUGGAGUUAGUGUCACUGUUGGAGGAGGAGCCUGGUGAUGAGGUUGGGGAAGGCAAAAUCGACGGUGAGAAGGUACUGUCUCGACACUCCACACCACAGCAGCCCGCACAGCCUCCACAGCAGCACUACCAGCCACCACAGCAGCAGUAUCAGCCACCACAGCAGCUCUACCAGCCACCACAGCAGCCAGCACAGCCUCCACAGCAGUACCAGUCACCACAACAGCCCGCACAGCCACCACAGCAGUACCAGCCACCACAGCAGUACCAGCCACCACAGCACCCCGCACAACCUCCACAGCAGCUCUACCAGCCACCACAGCAGCCAGCACAGCCUCCACAGCAGUACCAGUCACCACAACAGCCCGCACAGCCUCCACAGCAGUACCAGCCACCACAGGAGCUCUACCAGCCACCACAGCAGUACCAGCCACCACAGCACCCCGCACAACCUCCACAGCAGUACCAGUCACCACAGCAGCCAUACCAGCCACCACAACAGCAGUAUCAGACACCACAGCAGCAGUACCAGCCUGUGUAUACUGUGCUGUCAACACCAAAACAGCAAAUACCUCCUAGCCCUGCUCCAGCUCCUGCAGCAGCAACUGUGACUACCAACCCUUCGCCCUUCAAAUUUCCUGUUUCGCUGGAAAUGAUGGUACCCUCCGUCAAGUCUCCCAGCGUCGCUAGUAUCUCUUCCUCCAAGUCCGUCCUGGAGACACCCAAGGUGACCAGACCAGUUGACAAUCUUGACAGUGAUGAGGACGACGACUAG